CCAGCAAUUAUCUGGCGAGCGCCCGUGGCUGAACAACGGCAACGUGCUCUCCAAUUUAAACAUUUUAUUUUCUCUCAUUCUCGUCAAAUUGUGAAUCAAUGUCUGGACUUCCGAGCGAACUCUGACCUUCAACUGUGGAUUACUUGUGGGUGUGAACCUCGUAUUACUCGGCGAGUAUUAACGGGGGAAAAAAAAGUUUUAAACGUGAAAUAAAUAAAAAAAAAACAAAAUUGAAGAAAAGUGUGAAUUGAUGGUCCAUGUGAUGCCGUAUCAGCAGAGGAAUCUAACGCCGGUAGGAUCACCAAUGACGUCGAUGCCGGCAAUGACGUCGAUGUCGGGAAUGACGUCGAUGUCGGGAAUGGCGCCGAUGACGGGAAUGACAACGAUGACAACGAUGCCAACUUUUUCGAUGCCGAGUCCAUCCUAUUCCCCGAUGGACUACGGUCCCCCGCCGAUGCACUACCACACCUACAACCCUCCGUUACCAAGUCAUCAUAUUCAAAGCAGUCAACCGGCAUACUGGUUCCCAAGUUCAAGUCAUAGUCAAAUCGUCGAUUCUUUACCUGCGCCGUCCUACUCAAUGCCACCAAUGCCUCCAACCACCACCUCCUGGACAACGCAAACUCAUCUGCCCCCGCAGCCGCAACUCGGCCCGUGUCCGCCAAUUCAGCCCUACAAUUUACCGCCGAGUCCUGGGGGAUUGUCCACCAGUCCCGGCCACACCAGUCCUUAUCACUGGCCACCGACGCCGCCCGCUGAGGAGCCAAAACCCGGAAGGAAAUGCACCAAGUGCCGUUGUCCAAACUGCCAAAUGGGCGGGGGCAAUCAGGUUGGAGCUGACGGCAAACGUCAGCACAUUUGCCAUGUUCCAGGGUGCAAGAAGGUCUACGGAAAGACUUCGCAUCUAAAGGCACAUCUCAGGUGGCACACUGGGGAGAGGCCCUUCCAGUGCAAUUGGCUAUUCUGCGGAAAACGCUUCACCAGGAGCGACGAACUCCAGAGACAUCUCAGGACACACACGGGGGAGAAACGUUUCGUCUGUCAGACCUGCUCUAAACGCUUCAUGAGGAGUGAUCAUCUGACUAAACAUAUGAAGACCCAUGAGAACCAGAAGAAGAAAAAUCAGAAAGAUAAGGAAAAUCAGCCGUUGAAGAUGGAGAUCCCUAUCGUGAGUCAUCAGUUCAUCCCGAUGGUACCAUAUUCAAUGGUUUAAGGUGCGAAGAAAUUGCAGGGGGAGGGGGAUGAAAUUGGUAGGAAUUUUAGAUGGACAGGUGCCUAAAUAUCUUUUGAUAUUGAUGGAAUAUAUUUUUGUUUAGUUCGUCAGUGACCUCCAACGCUACGAACGAUUUCAUGAAUUUGUACAUAUUUUUAAAAAUUAUUGGAGAUCUAUGUUGACUGAUUCAGGUGCUGUGACAAUGUGCCUAUUUUGCUUUAUAUUAAAAUUGUAAAUAAAAUGUUUGUACAUAAAAUUACGACCCUUGACAGGAGACUUUAUUUGUCGUAAUAUGUACAUAAAAUUAUAUUAUUUUUAGUGUAAAUACAUUCUUGGUUAAUGUAAAUAUCAUUAAAGUGCGCUUAUUGCGUA